GAAAUUGUGUUAAAAUAAUUUCGUUUCACAAUGGACGAAGAAGACCGUAAAAAAUUAAUUGAAAAUACGGAUAAACUAGUUCGAGAAAUAGAUUGGCGAGAAAUAUUUCCAUUGCUACUGAAACACAAAAUUUUUGGCGAGAACUAUAAAGUUAUUCAGAAAUGGCAGAAGCACUUGGAUGACAUCGAUAAUAAUCGCGAUAUAUAUUUGAGUAUACGGUUACGUGGUCCCAAAGCAUUCGACAGCUUCGUUCAAUGUUUACGAGAAGUGAAUCGCAAUGAUUUAGCAAACUUAUUAAAACCAAACCAAGUUGACAACGAAAACGAAGAAAACAUUCCAGAAAUUAAUGGAAAUAUUGUUGAACCUCUGAAUAACCAAGUAAUCCAAAAUGAAUUGUUUGAGCACAGGGAAGAUGAUUAUUUUACGAAGCUUCAGUAUGUCAAAGAGCCUCUUAAAAUUCGUGUGAAGAAAUCGACUAAAUUAAUGGAGGCACAAAAUGAUAUAAUUUUUAAUUAUGCCAUGUUUAGUAACCCUCGUGGCUUGGUCUUGAUUAUCAAUAAUAUAUUGUUCUCUGAAGGAGCGAAAGAAAGGGCUGCUGCCAAACACGACGAAGACAAUUUAAAAGAAUUGUUUGAACAAAUGGGUUUUAAAGUUAUAGUUCGGCAAAACUUGACACGAGAGGAAAUGCUAGAAGUAAUUUCAGCCUUCUCCAAGAGACCAGACUUACGUCAUGUUAGUUCAAUGUUUCUUAUAAUAAUGAGUCACGGUCAUGAACAUGUCGAAGACAAUCGUUCAGAAAGUGUAGUGUGUGGAACAGACAAUAAAAUCAUUACUGCAUUUGAGGUUUUUAACUUUUUCACCACACGGUCGUGUCCACACAUGACCAAAAAGCCAAAAGUUUUUAUUUUUCAGACUUGCAGGGGGGAAAAGGAGCAACGCAUGGUGGAAUCGGACGAAGUAGGCACAAGCAGACAUGAAAUAGAUAUUAAUCAGAUGAAACCAGAAACGCCACCUGCAAAACCAAUGGGAUCCCGAGAAUAUUCGGAUAUGCUUGUGGCUUUUUCUACUUUGCCUGGCUUUACAUCUCACCGGGACACGCUAAAUGGAAGCUGGUUCAUCCAGGCCUUUUGUGAAGUUACGAUGAACCAUGCCCAUGAUACAGACUUGUUGAGGCUGUUUCAAAUAACUGACGAAAGACUUAGCUACAUGCAUGCUGCCGACAAAGAAGUCCAAACUGCAAAUAUUUGUAUCUACGGAUUCACAAAAAAAUGUUACUUGAAUCCUGGAUAUUUUAAGCCUUCGGCUGAUACCGAAUAGUCCACCACGAUUUGAAUAGUCAAUAGCAAUAUUGUUAUUGCUACUAUUAUAAUCACUAUUAUUAAUACCUGUGAUCACAGUAUUCUAAUCAUUGUUAUUGAGGUUUAAAAAAUGCAUUUAAAAUCUAAUUUACAGUCUAGUGCUGCAUCCAGUCAAAAGAGUGAUGAAUGAAUGUAAAGUAGAAAGUUGAUUCAACCAGUUUCAUGCAGAAAAGCCAUCAAAACUUCUCUUCAUAUUUAGCAGUCAUUAAGUUGGGUGGAAUCUAAAGAAUUUCUAAGUCUCGACUUUGAUUGAUUAUUGUACGUCAGGAAUCUUUGGUAUUCUUGUGAACUUACACACAUUGUGCCUUAUUGUGGGAAGCAACUACUUACUUCCCAGUACAAGAUCUUUCAUCUCCUUGAUGUUUAAAUACAAAAUUAUAGUUUUUACUAAAACUUUUUACUGCUAGCUGGAGCUGACUGUGUUAUGUACAUCGAUCAGCACGAUGUGCUUCUCAGUUUCAAAUUAGUUUUGAUAUGAGUUGAAGCGGGUAAGAUCUACAUAUAUUUCAGUAUUUCAAUGAAAUACUUGAAUCCUAAAAAUUCAUUGUUAUCGAAAAUAUCAAAACUGUGAUAGAAGUUCAUUACCAUCAUGACUGUCGCCCAUGCUUUUUAAAAAUUCGUGAGGUAUUCAG